AUGACUAAAAAAAAUAUAUUUAUGUUUUUUCGUUUGAUACAUUUUAAAAGUGCAAGAGAAUGGAAACAAUUCAUGAACCCAAAAAUAGAUAGAACUAGAAUAAAAAAAAUUAGAAAUGUUAGUGAAAAUGAUAUGAUUCAUAAACAUAGAAUACUAAAAUAUCCUUAUUUUAAAAUGAAAAGAAUUGGAAGUUAUAGUAAAAUAAUAAAAAAUAAUGAUUUCCUUUUUAAUAGAGACAUAGAAAUUUUGUAUGACUAUCGAUAUUGUUCUAUAUUUGAAAAGUUAAAAGAUAUUAUUUCAUUUUAUUUAAAAGGAAUAGUUAUAAAAGAAAAAUGUACUAAUGAUUUAUGUUUUGAAAUAUAUGACUGCUUACAAAAUAAAGUAUUAAUUAAAAGAAAAAAUGAAGAAUUAGAAGCUGAAGAAUUAUUUAAAGAAAUGCUUGAAAAAAUGAAAUAA